AUGGAUCAUUGGGUGCCUCCUUCUUCUUCCUUCUCUGGCGUGGAUGCGGCUUCUUCAAAUCCUCGCUGCCGCUUCGAUGAGGCGUGGAGAGCAUGCGGGAGGUCCGGCGCCGCGGCUGUGGCGGCGGCCUGGUGGGCUCUCGGCGCGCUGCUCACCUUGGUCUUCGCCGUCGUGGGUUCGGUAGUUGGGUUCUUCAUUGGUGCCUGCAUGGGGAUGUCCACCGAAAGUGGCAUGCUCCGGGGUGCCGGUGUGGGAGCACUCUCCGGCGGGGUCUUCUGCACCGAGGCCGUUGAAUCCUGCAUCGAGAUUUGGAGAUCCAAUGAAUCCGGAAAAUAUAGCAUUCUGUUUGUGCUUGACAUCAUCUCUAGCCUCUUCAGUGGACGAAUUAUUUGGGAGAAGGUCAGCCCGGCACUGCAGCGUGCAGUGCAAAGCCAGAUGAGUUCACUGAGUACACCAUUCAUCGACAACAGUGACCUUUUCGAGACCAGCGGUACGGAUGGCAUGUCAAGAGAUCUGAUCGACAAGAUCCCAGCGAUCAGGUUCAGCACCGCAACCGGUUCUGAUCAGGAAACUGAUGAGAGCUGCUGCUGUUCAGUGUGCCUUCAGGAUUUCGCGUCGCGGCAAUAUGUGAGAGCUUUGCCUCAGUGCCGGCACAUUUUCCAUGUGCCAUGCAUCGACAACUGGCUUCAGAGAAACGCGUCCUGCCCACUGUGCAGGUGUGGUGUUCAUAUAGUAGACCAUAUGCAUAUGUAA